AUGGCAAAGUCAAGGCAAAAGUUAUCAAACCAGGAUUCUUCGAUGUCUCCUACUGCUGCAAGAUCAAGGGAGUGGGAUGGUCCAGCUAGAUGGACGGACUACCUUGGACCAGAAUCGACUUCGCCGUUGUCGUCUGGUAGCACCAGGAAUAUCUACCAUGAUGGGCAGUCUCAGGGCACAACGCCAUCCCAGUCACACAAGGGUAUUAACAUGCAGUGGGUCGUGCAACUCACUGAAGUUGCCGAAGGUCUUAUGGCCAAGAUGUAUAGGUUAAAUCAACUUUUGGAUUAUCCAGAUCCCAUCAACCAUGUAUUUUCAGACGGGUUUUGGAAAGCUGGUGUGUUCCCCAACCAUCCUAGAAUCUGUGUGUUGCUCUCUAAGAAAUUUCCAGAACACUUCAGCAAAUUGCAACUUGAACGUAUAGAUAAGAUUGCUUGGGAUUCAUUGCAAGAUCAUGCGGAGCUUCAUUUGCAGACUCUGGAACCGUGGGUGCAGCUACUUCUUGACCUGAUGGUGUUUCGUGAACAAGCUCUGCGACUUAUAUUGGAUCUGAGCAGUACAGUAAUUACCUUGUUGCCUCAUCAGAAUUCUCUUAUACUACAUGCAUUUAUGGAUCUCUUCUGUUCCUUUGUGCGGGUUAAUCUUUUCUCUGAGAAGAUGCCAAGGAAAAUGUUGCUACAGACCUAUAACCUUCUACAUGCAAUGUCAAGAAAUGAGCGGGAUUGUGAUUUUUAUCAUCGCUUGGUUCAGUUCAUCGACUCUUAUGAUCCACCAUUGAAAGGCUUACAGGAAGACCUAAAUUUUGUGAGCCCCCGUAUUGGAGAGGUGCUGGAGGCUGUGGGUCCUAUUAUAUUUCUAUCAACAGACACAAGGAAACUUCGAAAUGAGGGAUUUUUAAGUCCAUAUCAUCCUCGUUAUCCAGACAUACUCACAAAUUCUGCUCAUCCACUGAGAGCACAAGAUCUAGCAAAUGUAACUGCAUAUCGAGAAUGGGUGUUAUUAGGGUAUCUUGUCUGCCCUGAUGAACUGCGUCGUGUCACUAGCAUUGAUAUUGCUUUGGUUGUACUGAAGGAGAAUUUAGUUCUCACAUUAUUCAGAGAUGAGGUAAUUUUCUUCUAUUGGCUUUGGAACAAUGUCUUUAAUGCAGUAGUUGACAAUUUUGUAAUCAUCAAUACACAGUUCAUACUUUUGCAUGAGGAUUACCAGUUGUAUGUGCUUCCUCGAAUAUUAGAAUCUAAGAAGAUGGCAAAAUCUGGACGUACAAAGCAAAAAGAGGCAGAUUUGGAGUACAAUGUUGCAAAACAGGUUGAGAAAAUGAUAAGUGAAGUGCAUGAGCAAGCAAUAUUAUCUUGUGAUGCCAUACAUCGUGAAAGGAGAAUUUUAUUGAAACAAGAGAUUGGGAGAAUGGUGCUGUUUUUUACUGAUCAGCCCAGUCUGUUGGCCCCUAAUAUUCAGAUGGUGUUUUCUGCCUUGGCUUUAGCCCAAUGUGAAGUGAUAUGGUAUUUUCAACAUGUAGGAAUUGCAUCAUCAAGAUCUAAAACUACUCGAGUGGUACCGGUGGACAUAGAUCCAAAUGACCCAACAAUUGGAUUUCUGUUAGAUGGAAUGGAUCAUUUAUGUUGCUUAGUACGCAAAUACAUUGCAGCAAUUCGAGGUUACUCAUUGUCAUAUCUUUCAUCCUGUGCCGGAAGAAUUCGGUUUUUACUAGGAACCCCUGGAAUGGUGGCUCUUGAUAUUGAUGCUAGCUUGAAAGGACUUCUUCAGCAGAUUGUUCACCACCUUGAAAACUUGCCUAAACCCCAGGGUGAAAAUAUAUCUGCUAUCACUUGUGAUCUAUCGGAUUUUCGAAAGGAUUGGCUAUCGAUUUUAUUGAUAGUCACAUCUUCACGCUCAUCUAUAAACAUUAGGCACUUGGAGAAAGCUACAGUUUCCACUGGCAAAGAAGGAUUAUUAUCAGAAGGGAAUGCUUCUUACAAUUGGUCCAGAUGUGUAGAUGAAUUGGAAUCUGUACUUUCAAAGCAUGGUAGUCUUAGGAAGCUGUAUUUCUACCACCAACACCUCACAGCUGUUUUUAGAAACACCAUGUUUGGUCCAGAAGGGCGUCCUCAACAUUGUUGUGCAUGGCUUGGGAUUGCCAGUAGUUUUCCAGAGUGUGCAUCUCCAAUUGUGCCAGAAGAGGUUACAAAAAUUGGCAGGGAUGCUGUUCUUUAUGUUGAAUCUCUGAUUGAGUCUAUCAUGGGAGGAUUGGAAGGAUUAAUAAAUAUUCUUGACUCUGAAGGAGGAUUUGGUGCCCUAGAAAAUCAGCUUCUUCCAGAGCAAGCAGCUUCAUAUCUGAAUCAGACAUCAAGAGUUUCUAUUCCGUCAUAUAAAUCUCCAAAAGGAACUGCCGGUUUUCCUUUACCUGGGCAUGAGAGCUUUCCUGAAAAUAAUGGUUCCAUCAAAAUGUUAGAAGCUGCAAUGCAGAGGUUGACCAAUUUGUGCUCAGUUUUAAACGAUAUGGAGCCUAUAUGUGUUUUAAACCAUGUCUUUGUACUGAGAGAGUACAUGAGAGAAUGCAUUCUUGGCAACUUUAGAAGAAGAUUGCUUGGUGUUCUGAAAACUGAUAACGAUCUUCAACGGCCUACUGUUCUGGAAUCACUGAUUAAGAGACAUAUAAGCAUUGUGCAUCUUGCAGAGCAGCACAUCAGCAUGGACAUUACUCAGGGUAUUCGGGAAGUGUUGCUUUCAGAAGCCUUUUCAGGACCAGUUUCUUCUCUGCACUUGUUUGAGAAGCCAACAGACCAACAUACAGGAUCAGCCACUGAAUCGGUAUGCAUUUGGUAUAUCGAAAACAUAAUCAAGGAUGUUUCAGGUGCUGGGAUUUUGUUUGUUCCAAUUCAUAAAUGCUUCAGGAGUACAAGGCCUGUUGGUGGAUAUUUUGCAGAAUCAGUCACUGAUCUCAGGGAAUUACAGGCUUUUGUACGUAUUUUUGGUGGCUAUGGAGUAGACAGGCUAGACAGAAUGCUAAAAGAACAAACAGCUGCUCUUUUAAAUUGCAUUGACACUUCUCUACGCUCAAACCGAGAUGUGCUAGAAGCAGUUGCUACCAGUCUGCAUGCAGGUGAUAGAAUUGAAAGAGAAGCUUCUGUGAAGCAAAUAGUUGAUCUGGAAACUGUGAUAGGCUUUUGUGUUCAGGCUGGCCUAGCACUGGCUUUUGAUCGGCUACUAGCUGAGGCUUCUGGUGCUAUACUUGAAGAAGGUGCUCCCUUGAUACAUUCGUUGCUAGCUGGGGUGGUUAAGCAUCUACCUGAUGGAGUACCAGAAAAGGAAGAAAUCAAGAGAAUGAGAACAGUGGCAAAUACUGCAGGUGUUGUUACUGACCAUGAUUCAGUUUGGGUAAGAUCUAUUUUGGAGGAAGUUGGUGGUGCAAGUGAUGGAUCAUGGGGCUUGUUACCAUACUUAUUUGCCACAUUCAUGACAUCUAAUAUUUGGUCCACCACGGCAUUUAAUGUUGACACAGAGGGUUUCAGUAACAAUAUCCAUUGCUUGGCAAGGUGCAUUUCUGCAGUCAUUGCUGGAAGUGAGUUUGUUAGAUUGGAACGUGAACAUCAGCAUCGACAGUCUUUAACAAAUGGGCAUGCUAGUGAGGGAAUGGAUCCUGAAUUAUCAAGUCAUAUGUCAGCCGAAGCAAGUAUCAAGUCCACUCUGCAGUUAUUUGUGAAACUUUCUGCAGAUAUCAUUUUGGAUUCUUGGAGCGAAUCACAUAGAUCUCACCUUGUAGCACAGCUUAUCUUCUUAGAUCAACUUUGUGAGAUUUCACCGUACCUUCCAAGAAGCUCGCUGGAAACCCAUGUUCCAUAUGCCAUUCUCCGUUCAGUAUACAGCCAAUACUAUGCAGAUACUCAAUCCACUCCAUUGGCAAUACUGAACGCAUCACCCCGUCAUUCCCCUGCGGUGUUGCUAGCACAUGCUUCUCCUGUCUUAAGGCAUCCUCGUGGGGACUCACCACAGUAUUAUGGCCAUGAUCCAGGGUACUUCAAAGGAUCAUCGUCACAUAGUCAGGAGCACCUCUAUGAUGCUGAUAUUGGCAGCUUGAGGAGCAUGGACAACAGGCAAAGGAACGUUCGUCGUUCUGGGCCUUUGGAUUACAGUGCCAGCCGUAACAAGGUAAAAUCUGUUGAAGGCUCAACUUCUGGAAGCACUGGACCUAGUCCACUUCCUAGGUUUGCAGUGUCUAGAUCUGGUCCAUUAGCGUACAAGUAGUGAGUUGUUUGAUACAUACCCAACAGAAGCUGGUAAGUUAUUCACCUUCUGCUAGUGAUCAGUUGUUUAUAAUCGUAAUGAUAUUAUGUAGUAAAAUGUAUAUCAUACUAAAGCGUCCUUUUGUAGUCGCCUGGAUAGUUUAAAUCAAUGCCAUUUUAAGCCCCUUGCUGUUUUAGUGAGAACCAGGUGUUCAUUCUAUUUAAUGUUCAUAUAGCCAAAUAUUGACGAAUCGCUUUCUUGAAGCCUGUUGGUAGAGUUAUUCUGAAUCUUAUUAAGCAGUCAGUAAUGAUAUUUGCUCGUAA